CCCGUGCGCCUUCCUCCUUCUCUUCCUCCUCCGCCUCCGCCUGCCUCCCGCGGUGGCGGCGCGGCCAUGCAGCAGUACUUUUCCCUGGACGACUGCGAGGUGAUGGGCUUCGAUCUGGAUCACACGCUGUGCCGUUACCACCUCCCGCAGAGCGCGACGCUAAUAUAUGAUAGUUUUGCUCAGUAUCUGGUAACGGAGAAGGGUUACGACAAAGACUUGCUGACUCUAAAUCCAGAAAGCUUAGACUUCUGUUGUAAAGGCUUGGCAUUGGACUUUGAAGAUGGAAACUUCCUGAAGCUCGCGGAAGACGGAACAGUUUUGAGGGCAAGCCAUGGCACUAGGAGUAUGACAUCUGAAGAGAUCCUGGAGAUUUAUGGAAGGAAGGAAUGGAAGCAUUUUAGUACAGUCAGUGGAAUGCUUUCCCGCUCAGCCAAAUACUAUCUGUAUGAUAAUUAUUUUGAUCUACCAGGAGCCCUCCUGUGUGCAAGGGUUGUGGACAGUUUAGAUCAGCAUGAUGGUCAGAAAAAAUAUGACUUCUGGAAGGACAUGGUGGCUGCUAUCCAGCAUAAUUAUAAAAUAUCAGCUUUUAAAGAGGACUGUGGGACAUAUUUCCCAGAAGUGAAAAAUCAUCCAGAAAAAUACUUACGAAGAUGUCCCAAUUCUGUAAAAAAGUGGCUGAAACAACUGAAGAGUGCUGGGAAGAUUCUGCUAUUAAUUACCAGUUCUCACAGUGACUAUUGCAGGCUCCUGUGUGAAUAUAUUCUUGGAAAUGAUUUUGAAGAAUAUUUUGAUGUUGUGAUCACAAAUGCUUUGAAACCUGGCUUUUUCUCCCAUACUCCAAACCAAAGACCUUUCCGAACUCUUGAAAAUGAUGAAGAGCAAGAGGCUCUGUUAUCACUGGACAAGCCCGGCUGGUAUUCCCAAGGUAAUGCUACCCAUCUUUAUGAACUACUGAAGAAGAUGACUGGAAAGUUGGACCCCAAGGUUGUUUAUUUUGGUGACAGCAUGCACUCAGAUAUUUUCCCAGCUCGUCACUAUAGCAACUGGGAAACUGUCUUCAUCUUGGAGGAGCUUCUAGGGGACAAAGUUAUGGUGCCUACAGAGACUGAAUCUGAGCCCUUGGAGAAGAAAGGAAAAUAUGAGGGAUAUCAGCCCAAAAUUCCCUACUCUGUAUCUGAGCAGUGGGGUUCUUUCUUCGUGGACAGACUACCAGGUCUGGAAAAUGCAGAGGAAACUUUAGUUCGUACAUGGUCCUGUAAAUGCAUUAGUACUUACAGCACUAUUGCAAUCCCUAGUCUUGAAGCAAUUGCAGGUGAGUGGCAAUACGAGAUGAGGUUUGUGUUGAAUCCAUUGUCACUGUAGGCUGAUCAGCACUGAUCAGACCCCCACUGUAGGUAAGAAAGACCUGUGUAUGUGCCCCCCUCUAAUCUACAGUUCUCCAUCAGGGCUGGGUGAGAAGAGAAUGCCCAGAUGUAAAGCUCUGCCAAGACAGCAGCAGCUGUGAACGUGUGUGGUAGAAGACCCUAAAGAUAUUUAUUGGUAAAAAUACUAGGAAACAAUCAU